AUGAAGUUCUCCGCAGCGCUCUCCAUCUCGGCCGUCGCCGCCCUGGCCUCCGCCACGAACCACGAGGAGUCGCCGGCCAAGGCCUUGUUGCCUCUGCCCGCCGGCAUGAAGGGCCACGGCAUCACCGAGGGUUCGGACACCAACGUCAUUGUCAUUUGGGUCAACCCUGGUAACGGCGCCGACACCACCACUGUCAACCAGCAGGUCACCGUUACCGAGACUGUCGUCGUCGGGGGCGAGACACCUGCCGUCCACCCCCCUCCUGCGGCGCCUCCGGUCCACCCGCCUCCUGCUGCUGCUCCUCCGGCCGAAGCCAUGCCACCUGCGCACCCUCCUCCGGCCGCUGCCCCUCCCGUCCACCCUCCUGCCGAGGCUGUCCCCCCGACUCCCGCGCACCCUGGCGCCGAGACGCCCGCUGCCCCUGCCGCAGGCGCCACCCACAGCGUCACCGUCGGCGGCCCUGGUGGUCUUAUCUACGCCCCUGACCAGAUUCACGCUGCUGUCGGCGACAUGGUCAUCUUCACUUUCCUGAGCGCCAACCACACCACCACUCAGUCCAGCUUUGACCGGCCCUGCGACCCCCUGGCCGGUGGCAUGGACUCUGGCUUCAUUCCCAACCCUAACAACACUGUCGAGCCCCCUCCUCAGGUUGCCAUGCAGCUAACGGCGCCAGGGUUCUACUGUGCCCAGGGCCCUCACUGCGGCAAGGGUAUGGUCUUCUCCAUCAACCCUACUGCUGAGCGUACCCAUGCCAUGUUCCAGUCGAUGGCCAUUCAGCAGAAGGGUGAGGGUGCUGCCAGCCCCAUUACCGGCGGCUCGCCUGCUCCUCCUGCUGCCCCGCCUGCCGCCCCUCCUGCCGCUCCUCCCGCUGCCCCGCCUGCCGCUCCUCUUCCCGGCGCCACCGAUGCGCCCGUCGCGUCUCCCCCGGCUCCCGGCGGCGGCAACGGUGUCCAGAACGGCGUCGGCCAGAUCGACCAGAACGGCGCCUGCGUGUGCACCGUCCAGUGCGACAUGGGCUCGUUCCCCAACCUGGACAUGCAGGGCGUCGGUGCCGUCGGUGGCAUGGGUGGUUCGAUCCCCAUCGGCCAGCCCGUCCGCAAGAGGUGGUAA